GGCUCUGCCGCUUGAUUGACCUUCUCCGCUCUUACGCAUAACUUGUUUUUUUUUUACUUCUCCAAAACGUUGCAACACAACUCUCCUUUUUUUCUUCUUUUAUUCCUUGCUGACGUGCUUCAUACAUAUAUAUUUAUAUCCGGAAAGCCUUUGUCUCCCUAUUCGUUCGUCUCCUCUCUUUUGCUUUCUUCGGCUUCGAACGCUUCCUGAGAACUGCGGCCACUGUCUCUUCUGUCUCUUCCCCUUAAAGGAAGGGCAUUCUCUUCAAACCGCAACAUUCUCCGUCGUCUUGACACACAUUCGCGCAUCUGAUUGCUGAGGGCCAUGGCGUCUUCCGUGUCUGCUUCUCAUCGGCGGACCGCCCUUGUCAGCCUCGUCGCCGUGGUACUUACGUGCUGCUCGAUGUGUGCGUCGGCGCACAGACACCACUACUACUACACCGCGACGCAGCAAGCGAACACGCGCGCGUUCCUUCAGAGCUUCGUGGAGACGAUGCCCCCGCUGGCCAGGUACUGGACCGGUUACGAUUUCUGCCGUUGGGUCGGCGUGACGUGUACUAACAGUGGGGUCGCUAUCAGCUCUGCGAAUAUGGCAAUGCUGCGUGGGACCACCGUCUCUCUCCCGGCGGUGUCCCCCGACGUGGACGGCUCGCAGGUGAUGCUGACAACUCUCAGCUUCCGGGGGCCAGCCAAGCUGAGCGGUAGCCUGCCGCGCGGUUGGGGCUCUCUCUCCCGGCUGCAAGGCAUCUCCGUGGGCGGGAACUCUCUCACGGGCACGCUGCCCACCGAGUACGGCGACCUCGCCCACCUCACGACGCUGGACCUCUUCGACAACCGCUUCACUGGCACGAUUCCCGCGUCGUGGGGCGACCUCUCCGCCUGCACCGCCAUCGCACUGCACAACAACAACCUCACCGGCACACUGCCCGCCGAGUGGGGCAAACUGCAGAGCAUCACAGCGAUCAGCGUACAACAGAACAAGCUCAUCGGCACCCUGCCCGAAGCGUGGGAGAGCAUGACAAUGCUCAGUUCACUGCACAUCAGCAAUAACGGCUUCACCGGCCCCAUCCCGGCUUCGUGGGGCAACAUGCCCUCCAUCAGCUUCUUCAUGAACGCCAACAACCACAUCUGCGGGUGCGUGCCGCAGCCGUGGCGCACGAAGGGGGUGUGGGUAGGCGGCGAUGACGCCGUGGUGGCAGACAACUGCGCGACAGCGAACGCGUGCGAAGCCGCCACGACGACGACGACCACCACUUCCGAACCGACGACGACCACCACGACGACCACGAUACCUGUCCCCACCAAAUCCAACAUCACUUCCACGACGACGACGACGACCUCCCCGGUCUGCCACGUUUCCAGCUGCAUGGUGUGCAACGCGUCCAGCGCCAACAACUGCAUUCAGUGCCUCCAGGGCUUUCUGCUGACGCCGACCUUUCUGUGUCGGGCGCGGGGCGUGGAUACCGCAUCGUCUCCGCUGCACGGAGUGGCGGCCCUUGUCGUGGCAGCCGCGGUGACGCUGCUCGCUGCUUAA